GUUAAAUUAUUAUUAUUUACAUAAGUUGAAAUAGGGCAAUAGUAGUUAUAUUCUCAGGUUUCAGAAACAUAGAAAUAGUUUACUGCUGUUGUGGUUUAUUAAAUUAAAAAUAAUUUUGUGUAAAAAAGAACCAUAAAAGAACGUAACAUCUGGAAAAAUAAUUCAAUGACGAUAAAAAUCUAUGACAAGUAUUAUUUGGUUGACUUUGACUUGUCUGGAUCCUGGAACACACCCAAAAAAUGACGUUUGUAUAGAAAACCCCCCAAAAUCUCCUAGGAAAAAAUGUCUACCGCAGAAUCAGAGUCAUCUUUAAGUGACAUAGAGAAAUCCUUCAUGGAGAAAGCCUUUUGUUACGCCAAGGAAGCCCUACAAAACCAAGAAGUCCCUGUAGGCUGUAUCUUCGUUUACCACAACGAAGUUAUCGCUGUAGGUCGCAACGAAGUGAACCAAACCAAGAACGCAACCCGCCAUGCAGAAAUGGUUUGCGUAGAUCAAGUUGUAGAAUACUCUAAAACAAAUUCCCUAAAACUUGAGUCAGUUUUCGAACAAAUCGACGUUUUUGUCACUGUGGAACCCUGUAUAAUGUGCGCAGCCGCAUUGUACGACCUGAAAGUACGUAGUAUAACGUUUGGUUGUAAAAACGAUCGGUUUGGAGGAAGUACCGUGCUAGAUGUUAAGGAAAUAUUGAAGCCGGUCACUGUAGUGCAGGGGGGGCAUAGGGCCGAUGAGGCUAUGGCCCUAUUGAAGGAGUUCUAUAAAGGACAAAACCCUAACGCGCCUGCGUCGAAAGUCAAGCUCAAAAAAUCAGUAGAAUAGUACCUUUUGAUUUGUUUAUAUUCAAGUUUAUGUUUAAGGUAAAGCCUUAUUUUUUGUGUAGUUUUUGGGGUUUUCCAAGAGUUUCUGCCAGAUAGUUCUUCAUUUUGAUGAGUGGUAGAUUGAAAACUCAGAUUUAUUUGAAAUAAAAGAACUAAUUGUAAAAACAGU